CAAAUAUGUUACGGUUGCCGAUAAUAAUCCUCGCAUGCUUUACACCUAACUAUAUCUUGGCUGCUCCCACUGAGCUUGCGAAUUUAGCUCCACCCCCAACCGUCUUCGGAAACGCCCCAGGCCCAUUUAUGGAAACUGCACUAUAUCAAGAUAAUCUCCUCCGAAAUCGCAAAUUGCUACUUGAAGCAGUUUCAGUCCCAUCGCCAAUGAGUGCACCCAUUCCCAAACAGUCGAUGGAUCGCAAUGAGGAUGUUUCAUCUCCAACCCCAGUUCAAGCAGAGCUGAUCAGAUGGUUUAUGAAGACUCGCUACGGGGGAGCUUUUACGCUUAAUGACGACUUCACAUUCCACGAAAGGCACAAGAAAUGUUGCGAGGUUGAAUACUGCUGUGGAAAGACUAAGAUAUAUAACCAAGCCGGCGCAUUGAUAAAAAAGACAGGUUGUUGUCAUUCUCCUGAUCAUUAUUCAUCAAGAGCUUCUUUCAAUUGCGGGGAAUGUUCUGUCAUUUUUGGAUCAAUCGCUGGUGGUGUCCUUAUCGCAGCCUUGGCGGUUUGUCUAACUGCCAAAAACGUAUAGAGAAAACAAAGUCAGUCUUUCAAGAAACUUGGUGUUAAUCAAUUGCACAGCUGUCAGCGAAAACAAGAUGCUUUAAUGGCCUA